GGUCAUCUCUGCAACUUAAUUGAAAACUCCCCAUUCCCAUGUUUCUUCAGCCAAGAAGAUACACAACUUGAAGUCAUUACUCACUUCAUUCAGCAACCCCUCUCUCCCUCUCUAGAGUUUAGGGUUUUCACUUUCUUCCCUCAAGAAUUUCAGGUCACUAUCGGUGUUGACGCAGAAAAGCCAUUUUCUUACUGUUUUGGAAACUGAUUCGGUUUCCUUGAAUGAAAGAUUAAGAGAUUAAUUUGAGAUCGUUAGAGUUAAUGGAGGUGAUUGCAUCAAGAACAGGGCAUGACUAUAAUUUGGCUUCAAGAAAAGCCCAAGAAGCAGCUUGGAGGAGGUUUCAAGCUACAGAAUGGCUUGAGAGUUUCGUGGGUUCAUUAGGUAUAUCAAAGCAACCAUCAGAGAAAGAGUUUAUUUCUUGCUUGAGAAAUGGAUUGAUUCUUUGCAACGCCAUUAACAAAAUUCAACCAGGGUCGGUUCCAAAGGUGGUGGAGAUUACUCGGUUUCAUUCACAGUCGCAUACAUGGGAUUCUCAGCCAUUGCCUGCCUAUCAAUUCUUUGAAAAUGUUCGUAACUUUCUGAAAGCAGUAGAAGGGUUAAAUCUACCAGUAUUUGAAGCUUCAGUUUUCGAAAGGGAUAACAUGGAAGCAGGUUCGUCAACUAAGAUUGUUGAUUGCGUUUUGGCACUGAAAGAUUACACAGAGCGGAAAAACGGAUCUUCAAAGCGUACUCCAUUGAUGCAUUCAAACGGUAGAAUCCCUAGAUCGGGAUUAAAUUUGGAUAUCAACAGACAAUUAGAUUUGUCCGCUAAUCGUGAAAAGCAAUCACCAUCUCAAAACGACGCUCAGAAACUUGAAGAGUCGAUUGUUAAGGCUUUAGCUGAUUGCAUGAUUGAUGCGAAAGAAAACUUAGAUGGUAAUUUGCUGUCUUCAAUUCGCAAUGGAAAUAUGGAUUCCAUUAAGUCCUUUAGUAGAAUCCUCUCAAACACUUUGGAAGAACAACUUCAAUUCAAAUUGAACCCUAACAUGAAAGAUCUAACGAAAGAAAUCAGUGGAUCAUUUAUGAGUUCAGAAGCUUCAUCACCAUUGUUCAAAACAAGAAACGGAAAAAUGAAAUGCAAUCACUUGCAGGUGUUUCGAGAACAAGAAAACAAGCUACUGAAGCUAAAAUCAUUGUAUUCAAGCACCAAGACUGAGUUUGCAAACCUGCAAUUGCAACUCCAAAAUGAUCUAAAACAAAUGGAGAGUCAAGUUGAGGUAUUGUCCAUGGCUGCCAAUGGAUACCAUAAGGUUGUCAAAGAAAAUCGGACCUUAUACAACAUGGUCCAAGAUUUAAAAGGAAACAUUCGAGUUUACUGUAGGAUUAGACCUGCAUUUAGAACAGACACAAAGAACGUGAUUGAUUACAUUGGAGAAGAUGGGUCAUUAGUGGUUUUAGAUCCUUUAAAACCUCAUAAAGAUGGAAAAAAGUUGUUUCAAUUCAACCGGGUUUUCGGUCCAACUGCUACUCAAGAGGAGGUUUUUGCUGACACUCAGCCAUUGAUAAGAUCGGUUAUGGAUGGUUAUAAUGUCUGUAUUUUUGCAUACGGGCAAACUGGAUCUGGGAAAACACAUACAAUGUGUGGACCUUCUGGUGCUUCGAGAAAAGAUUUGGGAAUCAAUUAUUUAGCUCUGAAUGAUCUUUUUGAUCUAUCGAAUACAAGAGAAGAUGUUGUAAAAUACGAGCUUUAUGUACAAAUGGUAGAAAUUUAUAACGAACAGGUGAGAGAUCUUCUCACCGGAGAUCCCACAACCACCAGUAAACUAGAGAUUCGUAGCUGUACAUCUGAGAACGGGCUGAGCCUCCCUGACGCCACCAUGCACCAAGUCAACUCCACCGCCGAUGUUCUAAAUUUAAUGAAAAGCGGUCAAGUGAACCGCGCCGUGAGCUCCACCGCCCUGAACAACCAAAGCAGCCGUUCCCACAGCAUAUUGACUGUGCAUGUUCAUGGGAAGGAUGUGAACGGAGGCACGAUUCGAAGCUGUCUUCAUUUGGUGGAUUUAGCCGGAAGUGAGAGGGUGGAUAAGUCGGAGGUCACCGGCGAUGGACUUAAAGAGGCUCAGUAUAUCAAUAAAUCACUUUCGUGUUUAGGAGACGUGAUUACAGCUUUAUCUCAGAAGAACUCUUACAUUCCUUACAGAAACAGUAAGCUUACGCUGCUACUUCAGAACUCAUUAGGAGGAAAUGCGAAGACGUUGAUGUUUGCUCAUGUGAGUCCGGAAGGAGAUUCGUUCGGUGAAACUGUAAGUACUUUGAAGUUUGCUCAACGAGCUUCGACUGUUGAACUUGGUGCUGCUCGUUUGAAUAAAGAAAGCAGAGAAGUUAUGGAGCUUAAAGAACAGGUUGAGAACCUUAAACGACAAUUAGCCGAGAAGGAACCACCACGAUCGCCAUUACAGAAACUGAAACCAGGAAUAACGGUGGAAAGAACGCCGCCACCGCCGGUGAGGCCACGGAGGUUGAGUAUCGAGAACAAAUGUCCUCCUCAGAAGAGCCCUAAUGCAGUUGCACCACCAAACUCCGCCUCGAAAAACAGAGCAUUGAAAACAGAUGGAAAAACUAGGGUCUCAACACUUGUGCUACCGAAAACGCCUGAAUCAAAAGUUUCAAUCAGAAACGAAAUCGCAAUUUCUACUGAAAUCAAGGCGAAAUCAUCGUCACAUCAUAUAAAAAAAUCGCUUCGGACCAUCGGGAAACUCAUGAUUGGCUCCGACAAAAGGGCUCAACCGAAACCGAUUGAAGGGCCGUCACAGUCGCUUGCAAUCGUUUCUAGGCCAUCACGACGGCUGUCGCUAACGGGGAUUCAGCCACUAGAGAAACCAAGAAGAUCUUCCAUAGGCGGAGUUGAUCCUUGUGUUGAUGAAAGUCGGAAUGCGAAAACGCCACCGCCGUUGAAAAGUUCAAGCAAAACCAAGUGGAUGUGAUAAUAGUAAGAGUGAUAUGAUGAUGAUACGCUGACUCUGCUUUAACUUGAAGCAUGGUAUUCACAAUUGUUGAGCAAUGAUGGAUGUCGUACAACUUCUGAUUAGCUUAGCAUACAUAAUGACGACAUCUAUCAGUUUUAGUGUACAGAGAAAUUGAUUUAGUUUAAUAAAUGGAUACUCAUUAAUUUGAUUCA